AGUACGGUCAGUGCUGCCAGACACGACCUCUACGAUUAGCUGAUGGUAAAGGACGGCUGCGCCAUUUUGCGACUGAAAGCCUGAACCCACCCGUACGGAACAAUGUACCCCAACGCGUUGACACAGUUGGCGCUGGCGAACCCCUUCAGUGCACCGCUGUUCACACUACAAAAAGUCGAGGAACCAUCACAAAGCCUUGUUGCCGAACAUGGACCAAGCAAACGCACGCUGGCCGCCGCUGCAGUGGCGGUUAAGCAGAGUGGUGCAUGCUAGAAAUGCUACCUAGCUGGAUUCUGAUAUUAGCUGCGAGUUUGGCUCUAUGAAAUACUAUGCCUUGUGCGGCUUCGGUGGCAUCCUCAGCUGUGGGAUUACACACACGGCGGUCGUACCCCUCGACCUGGUCAAGUGCCGUCUGCAGGUGGACCCAGACAAGUACAAGAGCAUCUUCAAGGGCUUCUCCAUCACCAUAAAGGAGGACAGCAUUCGGGGGCUGGCUAAGGGCUGGGCUCCUACCUUCAUCGGCUACUCCAUGCAGGGUCUCUGCAAGUUUGGCUUCUAUGAGGUGUUCAAGAUCACCUACAGCGACAUUAUUGGAGAGGAAAACACCUACCUGUGGAGGACCUCCCUCUACCUGGCUGCGUCUGCUAGUGCUGAGUUCUUUGCUGACAUUGCCCUGGCCCCUAUGGAGGCGUGUAAAGUCCGUAUCCAGACCUGCCCCGGCUACGCCAGCAACCUCAGACAGUGUGCCCCCAAGAUGUUCGCAGAGGAGGGCUUCUGGGCUUUCUACAAGGGUGUGGUCCCUCUGUGGAUGAGGCAGAUCCCCUACACCAUGAUGAAGUUUGCCUGCUUUGAGAGGACCGUAGAGCUGCUGUACAAACAUGUGGUGCCCAAGCCCCGUGCUGAAUGCUCCAAGUCUGAACAGCUGGUCGUCACCUUCGUGGCUGGAUAUAUCGCUGGUGUGUUCUGUGCCAUUGUGUCUCACCCUGCUGACUCUGUGGUGUCUGUACUGAACAAGGAGAGUGGCAGCAGCGCCUUCGGAGUACUCAAGAAGCUCGGACCCAAGGGUGUGUGGAAGGGUCUGGUGGCCCGUAUCAUUAUGAUCGGUACCUUGACCGCCCUGCAGUGGUUCAUCUACGACUCUGUGAAGGUCUACUUCCGCCUGCCCCGUCCACCUCCCCCAGAGAUGCCCGAGUCCCUCAAGAAGAAGCUGGGCCUCACCGAGUAACAAAACAAAUAUCGGCCUUAUCAACAAAUAGCAAUUCAAAAUGGCGGCCUUAUCAACAGCCAUAUAAGAUGUAAGACAGCGGCCUUAUCAAACAACACAUCCUUCAGUUAACAUCCACCUAGCACACAGCUCUCUGCCUGCUAUAGUCACAGCUCUCUGGGCUACAGGCAUGUCCUGCCUGUAGCCCACCUACCCUGGGCUGGGCUACUGAUGAGCAGGAUUGGGGUCGAUUCCAUUUCAAUUCCAUGUCAGUUCUAGAAGUAAACUUAUGUUUUAAUUUUAAAUGCACAUUUUCUUAAUUGAAUGCAAGGUAAUUUGAAUUUCAGUUUACUUCCUGAAUUGAUUGAAUUGAAAUGGAAUUGUCCCCAGCCCAGCUGGUCAUUGGUAAUGACUCAUUAGGCAUACUAAAAGAGAAGAGGGAGGAUGGUUCCCCCCUGUGGGGGUAUAGAGGAAAGACAACGACAUGAAUGCAAUCAGGUUAACACCCCACCAUAGUUGGGUAAUGCUCUAAUAAAUGUGGAAACAA